AUGAGAGCAGCAAGGGCUGGUUUUUCCGGCGCACAGCAGCUUAUUCCUUCUAGCCAGUCCCAAGCUUCAUCAGUGCAUAUCGCCAAGAAUCCCAGAGAUACUGACGCCUUGAACAGAAAGCCAGUAGGAGCUUCUUCAUCUACCCCACGGACGCCGAGAGAUAUGGACGCACAAUCUGUGAGAUCAGCAACAUUUCCUUCCAUGGCAUCAAGCCGCGCUUCUAGACGCUCCGAUUCUUUGUAUCCGCCGGGUGAAGAAGAGCCGCUCAUCGACACCAGUGUACCUGCUCCACAGCGGACAUGGUCUGACCAUCCAUCGGGCGGCGAACGAACGAUGCUCCUUCUCAACCCCCGUGGCGUUGCAUCAAGAUUUGGAAGCGAGGACGGUUUCGAUUUGGCUAUGGCAGCCAUCAUCCAAUACCAAUUUCGAAACCCUGAUUUACUGGAAGAGGCCCUCGAGAGUCAAAAUUCUGGAGUGGUCGUUGUCGGGAAGAGUCAUAGACUUUGCCUUGAUGGAAAUAGACAUUUGGCGUUUGUGGGGGAGGCGGUCAUGAAAUUGGUCUUGAAGGAUCAGUGCUAUUUAUUUCUUAUUCCUGAGGACGAAGCGACAACGAUCAUCGAUAAGAUGCUUUCAAUAACCAACUUGAAUAACAUUGGCAGGAACAGCAAGCAUGGAGGCAGUAUUGAGAGGAUGGUCAGACCGAGAGCACCUAUAAGACGCUCGAAGAGAAACAACGUAUUGGAGCUCCUCAAGGAUGACGUAAAAGGUAUAGGGCAAGAUCAAAACAGACAGAUUGCGAGGGCAGUUAAAGCUAUCAUAGGGGCGGUAUACUUUGAUGGAGGAUUUGAAGCUGCAAGAAGAGUCAUGGCGCAAUUAACUCUCACAAUCCGACUAGGGACAUGA